GUGGGUGGCAAAUGUUGUGUCUCUAUUUAAGAAGGGCUGCAGGGAAAAGCCUGGGAACUACAGACCACUCAGUCUAACAUCAGUUGUCAGAAAGUUAUGAGAGAGUACUCUAAGGGAUAAGAUGUACAUGCAUUUAGAUGGGUAGGGGCUGAUAAGGAAUAGUCAGCAUGGUUUUGUACAUGGGAGAUCGUGUCUCACAAAUCUUUGUUUUUUGAAGAAGUGGCCAAAAAUGUUGAUGAGGGCAGAGCUGUAGACGUUGUAUACAGUAUAUGGAUUUCAGCAAAACAUCUGACAAGGUUCCGUACAGUAGGCUGUCUGGAAGAUUAGAUUGCAUGGGAUCCAAGGAGAGCUAGAUGGCUGGAUAGAACAUUGGCUUCAUGGAGGGUGAUGUGGAAGUACAUUGUACAUAUGGUGGUCAAGAAGCCUUUCAGCACAUUGGUCUUAAUGAGUCAGAGUAUUGAGUAUAGAAGUUGAGAGGUCAGGGUAUACUUGUUUCAGAGAUUGGUGAGGUCUCACUUGGAACCUUUAAUGCCAGCUGCAUAUUCAAUAGUGUUUUAAUAGCUGUGAUUGCCUUUAGGUAAGAUGAGAAAGGGUUAGUUACAGAUGUGAAUACAGUUUUAUAUAAUUAUUUUUGUAUUCAUUUAAACCUAUCUAACAUAUAUUUGAAUGAUAAAGUCACAAAUAAAAGUCUGUAUAACUAAACCAUUGGCAGCUCAUUUUUACUCUUAACAAAGCAAAUGACAGUUUCAAUCGAUGUCGUAUUUUUUUUAACAAUAUCUACGCUUGGCAUAUCUGUAAAAAUCUUAAAAGUAAAUAAAUAAAUGAUUCUCAGUGAAUAAUAAAACGCGAGAAUGUAUUCUCGCUCUGUUAUGCUGGUGCCGGGGUAACGCCAUUCAAAGCUGGUCCCAUUAUACCAGCAAAUGCCAGCGUGUAGAUGGUAUGUUGUUGGCACCUUUCCCAAGGGCAGAGAUUUCCCCGAACAAACAUUGGACACCAUAUUUGGCAUUGUUUCUCUUAAUGACCUCUCUCUCUCUCGGACGAGCUCUAUUGCUCCGGGUACGACAUGCUGAAGCAUUACUGACAUUGUCAGUGAGAAGUGAGCGUUGAUAAUACAUCGGAACUAACUAACAGGGCGUAUACAAACGGGGUGGGAAGGAAUCCGGAACUUUCGAUCGAUCAUUGGCCUCUUCAGCACUUUGGGGGGAAAUGUUGAUGGUUCCAAUUCAGGCUUAAGCGAACGUGCCUUCCUUGUUGACGUGGUCAGAGAAAGUACGGACCAAUUGGGCUACAAUAACCAGUGCAAAUGACAUAAACACCGAGUAUAACAGAUUACAAUGUAGACUGCCAACGCAUGCGUGUCUGUGCUGUUACUCGUUCUGGAGGGAGGGUGGAGUAAGAGUGGGAAUAUUAAUAGAGGGACCGGGACUCACAAGAGAAGCACUAAAGCCAACUGGAUCCUUCACCAGGAGCACCAGGCGAACAGUAACCUGUUCAAAAAAUAUUAGUGGUAAUCAACAGCAGAUUGUUUUGAAAAGAUAUAUGUUGUUUGCACCUGUCCAUAACCUCAGCGUUAAGCGAACUAAAUAGACAGGAUCUUUUGUGAUAAUCGACGUGUUGGUUUGAAGCUUUAUUGUACGAGAAUCUGUGGACUGGGCAACGCCAGAGAGGGCUGAGAUCCAAGGAAACAGCCACAAGUGGAUCCGUGGAAGAUCUUUAAGAGCCGGUUGAUCCUGCUUUCCCCGACUAUGAGUGCGUGGAACACGUUUCUUUAUGCGGUUUCGUUGCUAAUGAUUCUGUUAGUACGGUGUUGCCAGUUAGUCUGCGUUGAAGUUCCUUCAGACACUGAAGCCCUACAUGGAACCAAUAUGAAGCUUACUUGCAUUUCCUGUGUGAGGAGGGAAGAAGUGAAUACAGACACCUUGGUUGCAUGGACCUACGUCAAUAAUGAUCAAGAGAUAUCAAUUUAUGAGUUCAACGGAGAGCCACGAGGGAUAAAAGGACCUUAUCAGGGCAGAAUUCUGUGGAGUGGAAGUAAAGAUCUACAAGAUGUGUCCAUAACCAUAGUGAAUGUUACCCUUAACGACAGUGGUUUGUACCGAUGCACGAUCAAACGCUAUUUUAAUUAUAAGAUACACAGACCAUCUGUGACAGAUGUGAAAGAUGUGCAGCUAACAGUACAUGAAGACGCCCUUGAAGAUUUCACUUCAUACAUUUCAGAAAUCAUGAUGUAUCUUCUCCUUGUUUUGCUCACUUUAUGGCUUAUUAUAGAGAUGAUAUAUUGCUAUAGGAAGAUUUUGAAAUCAGAACAAGCUGCACAAGAAAACGCGGCAGACUAUCUGGCAAUACCCUCUGGAGACAAAGAGAAACAGUCAACCAUUCCUGUGGAGGAAUAGAAACAUUUGCUUUGGAUCUAGGAUGUAAUGGUCAUUGACUGCCAUCCUGGGAAGAUCAGCCACUAUCAAUGCAAUGGAUGAAUGUUGAAAACUAGAAAAAGAAACAAAUGUUUGGACUCUCUAGUAUUGAAUUCUGUGCCACUAUUUAUAACCAACACCCUAUGGACAUGCGAUUAAAAGGAAUCAAAUUCUCUCUUUUACAGCACAUUUUACAAGGGAUUUGUGAACAUCCAGUUUGAGUCCAGAUUUUCUAAUUGUACAGAUUUUAUUCCUUGUUGACAAGUUUGCAAAUGAAGUGCAGGCGAACUUAUGGUCUAUUUGCUUUCCUGGUAAACAGGUUUUAAUCAAUAACGUACAGACUAUUUUAAGGAUAACGCACCACUUUAUUAUAAUUCCCAAUUCAUGUUAUUGACAAUUUAAAGAUAAACUUGGUUUUGGUCUGAAAUGAUAAAACCUGACUUCAUCACACUAUUUGUGACACAAACCCAUUUACAUUUGCCUAAUUUAAAGGGAGAUUAUUUGUGGAUUGUAAUAUUUCAAAUAUUACACAAACAUUGAAAUGAAACUGAUGUUUCCAAUUCUUGAUGAAUAGUAUGAUGUUCAUUUCCCUUCCAAGUCGUUGCAAUUUUGACCAAUAUUUUUCAGUAUCUAACACUACUUUUUUGUAACAAAGUACUAUGAAGUGCACGCAAGUUGCAGAAUAACUAGUUAAUAUUGUCUUAUACAGUGUUUGGAUAAGCUGGUAUUCGUGCUAUUUGAGGGAACAUGUUUAAGAUGCACACAUAUGAUGUGGCUUUUGCAUGAUUCUAUUUAUUCUGCCAGAUGGUACAUCCAAUUGUCACAUUUCACUAAAUGGGGGUGAAGGGAGGGGAGGGGGGGAAUAAAUGUUUUCUGAUAUUCUGAUGUGUACAUAGAAAAUGAAACGUUUGUGAGUUUAGUGAUGAGAUUAAAACCUCCUUACUUCAGUAAGAAAUUCUAUAAAUGGAGUACAAUAAAGAGCAUCAAACCUGAUACAAGAUCAAAUUUCCUUCUAUCAGUUGCAAAUCAAAACUCUGUCCUAAUUGGGGCAGUUCAGCUCUUCCAACAUGCUGGAUGUAGUACUUUUUUUUAAAACAGUGCAGUUAAUGUUAAUUGCACCAUACUAAGAUCUUCUACUAAUCAACUCAGUAAGUACUUCAAGAAUAUUAACCUCUCAAUGCACCUUUAAUGAAAACAGAAACACUUUUUAAUACUCAGCAGGCCAGAUAGCAUCUGGUCUGAAACACAUUCCUUUCUUUCCUAAUGGCAGUCAUUCAAUCUUCUUACUGUUCAUAGAACCACGAUCAGAAAGUAUUAAACCCAUUCCUGUUUUUUCCUUUGCUACCAUAUCAACCUGCUUGGAUAUUCUGUACCCCAAGUUGAAUGCCGUAUACAGAGCAAGAACAGACCUGCGAAAGGUUUGUAUAAUUAUCCAAACACAGCCCAGGGCAAAUUAUAUAAAAUAUUUGCAGUGAAAAAAUUGGUCGUUUGGAAUUAGAUACUUAGAAGAGUAGAUAUAUAGAAUCAUACAUCCUGGAAAUAUUUUAACCAACUCGUCCACACUGACCAAGAUGUCCAUAUAUGUUAGGCCCACUUACAUGCACUUGACCCAUAUUCCUCCAAACCAUUCCUAUCCAUGUACUUUCUAAAUUUCCCUUAAAUGUUGUUAUUGUACCUGCAUCAACCACUUCCUCUAGCAGCUCAUUCAUGAGUGUCACCUUUUGCAUGACAUAGUUGCCCUUGGGGUUCCCAUUAAAUCUUUCCACUCUCAUCUUAAAUCUAUGGCCUCUAGUUCUUCAUUCCCAAAUUCUGAGGAAAAGACUGUGUAAUUCACACUAUGUCCCUCAUGAUGUUAUACACCUCUGUAAGAUCACCCCAUAUCUUAAAAUAAAAUUCAGAAACAAAAUAAAUGAAAAACCUCAGCAUUUCAGUCAACAUUUGUACAUGAACAACAUAAUUAAUAUUACAUUAGAUCUCUCUGGAGUCAACACACGAUGCGUUAUUCUAAUACAUGAUAGAAUAGUUAUGUUUCACCUCUACAUAGAAAACCAUUUAAAGCUUUUUCUUAAAUCUGAUGGAAUUUUCCUGACUCCUUAAAUAAACGUUCAGUAAUUAAUUGUUAUCAAACAUUAAGAGCAUGUGAAUUAUUUAAGGGAACUGAGAAUUUUUAUUUUAACAGCCGGCAACCUUUAUCUUUAAUCUGUUUGUCUUCUUUAGAUCUAUUAAAGCCUGACUGACACACCCUUUCUACAUUCUACAAGCAGUAGUUGGUUACAACGGUUCACAAAUCUCUGACCAAACGUGAAUCUUUCCCCUUUCGUAAUAUUCAACAAUGAGUUAACAAACUGACAUUUCUAUACGCAAAAUUAUUGAAUAAUUGCAAUACUUUUGGCAAACUAUACUAUUUAUAACAUUUUUUUACAAAAAUAUUAUUGGUGUGUGGAUGCAAAUCAUUUUCUAAUUCAGAAUUAGAAAAUGGUGCUCUAGUAAAAUCUCAAAACCAUUUUUGAAUAACUACUGCAAAGUUAUUUGGGAGUUCAGUUAUCUAUUAAACCCGUGGGCAAAAUCUUGCUGGUAACAUAAUUUAAAAACAUGUUGAAAAAUAUUCAAUUUUAUAAACAGUUCAUAUUCUGGUUGUAUCACAGUUCUUUAUGUAGAACGUGUCAUUCAAGAAAUU